GUUUGUGUGUGUUGCAAGUGUUGGUGUACUGAACAUACCUACGUGAAAAUGGACGGAGCGCUUAUGUUAAAAAAGGACAAUCCCAAAUUAAAGGCCAAUAUUUUUUCCAAAUUGUUUUUUGCUUGGACAAUCCCACUUUUUUACAUAGGAAGCAAACGAAGUAUCAGAAUAAGUGACCUGUACAAAACCUUAACAGCAGACAAAUCGGAAAAACUGGGAGAUAAACUAGAAGAAAACUGGAACAAACAAGUGAACAAUGCAAAAACUAGCUUGAAAAAGAAACCCAGCUUACUUAAAGCUCUAAUAAAGACAUUUAUAUGGGAAUAUCUACUUUAUGGCUUAAUGUACAUGUUACUUCAUGUCGUUUUUAGAUCGCCUCAACCAUUAGUCCUGGCAUGGCUUGUAAAGGAAUUCGAAUCGACCAACGAAUCACCCGAUCAAACUUAUAGGUACAUUAUGGCCAGCAUUUUGUGUCUCAUUUCUGUAAUAACAAUUUUCAUGAUGCACCAUGCCAAUUUUGGUGCCUCAUUAAUCGGUAUGAGAAUCCGAAUCGCUGCUUCGUCUUUGAUCUACAGAAAAAUAAUGAAAAUCAAUAAAAGAUCGCAAGGACAAACAGCCACAGGUCAAGUAAUCAAUAUUUUAUCAAACGACGUACAAAGAUUUGAUCAAGUUGUGGUGUAUUUGCAUUUUAUCUGGAUAGCUCCCAUUCAAGUUGCACUUGUGACCUAUUUUAUGUGGAAUAUUAUUGGGAUAUAUUGUCUGGUUGGAGUUGUUUCCAUGUUUAUUCUUACUAUACCUUUGCAAACAUAUCUUGGUAAAUUAGCAACAACUUUGCGUCUUAAAGUAGCAACAAGAUGCGAUAGCAGAGUUAAGCACAUGAGCGAAAUUAUCAGUGGCAUUCAAGUGAUUAAAAUGUACGCUUGGGAAAAGCCUUUUGAGAAACUAAUUGAGCAUUUAAGAGCUAGAGAAAUUAGCGCUCUAACUACAUCGUCUUAUCUGAGAGGAUUUUAUUCAAGUUGCAACGUGUUUAUUGAAAGGCUUACGUUGUUUCUGACUGUGGUAACUUAUUCGCUGGCCGGGUAUAGGAUUACUGCCGAUAUUGUAUUUUCCAUGGCACAAUUUUUCAAUAUUUUGCAACUCGCAAUGGCAAUCAUCUACCCAUUGGCUGUGAGUCUAGGUGCCGAAUCAUGGGUAGCAAUUAAACGUCUAGAAGAAAUUUUAAUGUUAGACGAAAAAGAAGAAUCUGUAAUAGAAAAAAAUCCAAAUAGCGAAAUUAUUGUCGAUAAACUCACUGCAGCCUGGGUGCCUGGAAAUCCUAUUUUAAAAGAUAUAGAGCUCAAAGUACCUAAAGGCAAAUUAUGUGCUGUGGUUGGACCAGUUGGUGCUGGCAAAAGUUCCAUAUUACAGCUACUCCUUGGAGAAUUACCGCCAACUUCCGGCAAUAUCAGCGUUGGUGGCAGCAUUUCAUAUUCCUCACAGGAGCCUUGGCUUUUUGCAGCAUCGGUGAGAAAAAAUAUACUUUUCGGAAAACCCUAUGAACCCCGUUUGUACCAUAAAGUAGCCAAAGUAUGCGCAUUAGAAAAGGAUUUUCAACAGUUUCCCUACGGUGACAAAACCAUGGUAGGCGAAAGAGGAGUAUCGUUAAGCGGAGGCCAAAGGGCUAGAAUAAAUUUAGCAAGAGCCAUCUACAGACAAGCUGAUAUAUACCUUUUAGACGAUCCACUAUCAGCUGUAGAUACCCAUGUGGGCAAACACCUGUUUGAAGAAUGUAUAGUGCAAUAUUUAAGCGAAAAAACUAGGAUUUUAGUCACUCAUCAACUGCAGUAUCUCAAAAAAGCUGACUUAAUUGUGGUGCUGAAUGAAGGCAAAAUAGAAGCUCAAGGAACCUUUGAGGAACUUAGCAAUAGUAAACUUGAUUUUACCAAAUUGCUGGCUGCAGCUGACGAAAGCCAAGAGGAUAGUAAAACAGACCAGGACCUCCAUGUAGCAACUGUACAGGAAAUUAAAAAUGGUCACGUAAAUAGGAAAGUAUCAAUAAGGAGUUUGCCGGAAUCAAAUUUUGACCAAACAAUUAGAGACGAUGAUAAUGAUGAAAAAAUGGACUAUGAAGGAUCCACCCCAUUAAGAGACUAUUUUAAAGCCGUGAGAAGUAUCUGUUUAAUUAUUUUGGUUGGAAUUUUAUUUUUACUGUCCUUAAUCGCUUGUACUUCUGCGGAUUAUUGGGUGGCAUAUUGGUCAAGUCAAGAAGAAAUCCGUUACGUGGCUCAAAUGAAUCGCUCACACGAAUCAACAAAUCUGUUUGCAUGUUUUUCCACUAGGCUCACUCUGGAUGAUAUUUUUGACGAUGUUAUCGACAGUAACGACAAAUAUUAUCGCCUAUUUAAAAAUGACGUUUCGAUUUACAUUUACGUCUUUCUCAUUGUUAGUGUGAUCAUUUCCACGAUAAGCAGAGCCAUGUUCUUUUAUAAAAUGGCAAUGCGAUCAUCGACAAAUAUUCACAGAAAUAUGUUUGGUCGUUUAUUGGAGGCUCCGAUGAGGUUUUUUGAUACAAACCCCAGCGGAAGAGUGCUCAAUAGGUUCAGCAAAGACAUGGGAGCUAUCGAUGAAGUCUUGCCAAGAGUUUUGAUGGAUGCAGUGACUAUAGUAUUAGUCAUGACUGGUAUCCUAAUAAAUAUAAUUAUCUCUAACUAUUAUAUGGUAAUAGCCAUUGUUGUUCUGGGAGCUAUUUUUAUAAAACUACGUAAUUGGUACAUUGCAAGUGCAAAGGAUAUCAAGCAUUUGGAAGGGAUUGCAAAAAGUCCAGUUUUUUCUCAUAUUAGUUCCACUUUGAAUGGCUUAACUACUAUAAGGGCUUCACAAGCUGAGAUAGCACUUAUAGGAGAGUUUGAUGAUCACCAGAAUAUCCAUACUUCAGCUUGGUUUUUCACUAUAAUGUGCGUAGUAUCUUUUGGACUCUGGCUCGAUAUAAUAUGUGUAAUUUUCACUUGUAUCGUAACUUUUGGGUUUGUUGUUGCUGCUGAAUUUGGCUACAUUGAAAAUGGUAGUUUAGUAGGUUUAGCCAUAUCCCAAUGUCUAAUUUUGACAGGAAUGCUUCAGCAUGGUAUGCGCCAAACUGCCGAAGUUAUUAGUCAAUUGACCAGUGUGGAUAGAGUUAUGCAAUAUACUAAAUUGGAGACUGAAGGUCCUUUCAUUACACCAAAAGACAAAGUUCCUAAGGAACCUUUUCCACCUAAAGGAAAUGUGGAAUUCAGAAACAUGAACCUUAUCUAUGUCCGAGGUGAACCACCAGUUUUAAAAAAUCUUAAUAUUAAAAUAAAAUCUGGAGAGAAGAUUGGUAUUGUUGGUAGAACAGGUGCAGGUAAAUCCUCCCUUAUUUCUGCCCUAUUCCACCUAGCACCGAUUGAAGGUAGCAUUCUCAUCGAUGAAGUAGACACCAAGACUUUGGGCCUCAAUGAUUUACGAAAGAAAAUAUCCAUUAUCCCCCAGGAACCUGUUUUAUUCAGCGCCAGUCUUCGAUACAACUUAGACCCUUUCGAUGAAUUUGAAGAUCGUCGUCUAUGGGAAGUUUUACAGGAAGUCGAACUCAAAGACGUGGCAAACUCCUUGGAUUUUCAAGUGUCUGAAGGAGGUGGUAAUUUUAGUGUAGGCCAAAGACAGCUUCUAUGUCUAGCAAGAGCCCUUUUACGUAACAAUAAAAUCUUAGUUUUGGAUGAAGCCACCGCAAAUGUAGACGCAAGAACUGACGGACUCAUUCAAACGACUAUUAGGCGAAAAUUCAAAGACUGCACAGUUUUAACUAUAGCUCAUCGGUUAAAUACCAUCAUGGACUCUGACAAGGUCCUAGUAAUGGGUUCUGGACAAGUCUUGGAAUUUGAUCAUCCUCAUCUCCUUUUACAAAAGUCUGACGGUCACUUUUUGAAAAUGGUCCAAGAAACUGGAGCUUCGAUGACUGAGCAGUUGAAGCAGGUUGCUUUACAGGUUUGGAAAGGGAAAUACUCUGAAGCCAGCUCGUAGAAAUUUCGAUUUAUUUAUUUUGUUGAUAUUAAAUGGUGUUUUUGUUUUCACCUAUAUUGUCUUAUCUAUUUGGCUCCUUGCUCUCCUUCUCCACAAUUUUG